AGAGAUUGACAGCUGAAUCGUUGGACUGCAUUGCAGCACAGCACAGCCUGCCAAAUUUUCAACUUUCACUGCUGGACUACGAGAAACUUGAAAGUCAGACGAACAGCUCUAGCUCGGCCUUGUGGGCCUAUAUAUCAAGCUCAUCCCCACUCCUCCAUUUUUGCAUCUUCAGCCAACCCUCACAUCAUGGAGAGAACUGCUUCUGGCAACAACUCUGUCGGCAAGCAUGAACAGAUCUACGAGGCAGAACAAGAUAUCGCCUUGGGCAAACUUGACUCACAAGAGGAAGUGCCUGUCGAGAAGCUCCACAGAGGCCUCAAGAGUCGGCAGAUUGGUAUGAUUGCCCUCGGUGGUGCAAUCGGAACCGGUUUGAUUAUCGGUACUGGUAGCGCUUUGUCCAAAUCUGGUCCCGCUGGAACGCUUCUGGCGUACAGCUUGGUCGGUGCCGUCGUCUACAUGGUCAUGUGUGCUCUCGGAGAAAUGGCCACCAUGCUUCCAGACCAGCGCGGCUUUACUGGCUACGCUUCUCGUUUCGUUGAUCCCGCUCUUGGCUUCGCCACUGGUUGGAACUACUGGUUCAAGUACAUCAUUGUCGUUCCCAACCAGCUCACGGCCGGUGCCCUCGUCAUCCAAUAUUGGAACAGGAAUAUUUCUGUGGCUGUUUGGAUCAGUAUCUUUAUUGUCAUGAUCUUGGCAAUCAAUGUUCUGGGUGUCAAGGUCUUUGGCGAGGUCGAAUUCUGGAUGAGUACCCUCAAAGUGGUGGUCAUUUGCGGUCUGCUCAUUUUGUGUGUGUGCUUGGCAGCAGGUGCCGGUCCAACAGGUCAAGCCGGUGGUUUCAAAUACUGGAAAAAUCCAGGUGCAUUCAAGCAAUACCUUGUUGGCGGCAACUUGGGCUACUUCCUCGCCGUAUGGUCCACCACCGUCCAAGCGACUUUUGCAUUCUUGGGAACUGAACUUGUUGGUGUCUGCGUCGGUGAAGCUCAGAACCCUCGUCGAAAUGUGCCAAAGGCCAUUCGUCGUACAUUCUGGCGAAUUCUCAUCUUCUACAUUGGUCUCGUCUUCUUGCUCGGUCUCAUUGUGCCAUACAACUCGCCAGACUUGCUCGGUGCCAACAAGCGUUCCAACAGUGCAGCCGCAUCGCCCUUCGUUGUGGCCAUCAAGCUCAGUGGCAUCAAGAUUUUGCCCGACAUCCUCAACGGCUGCAUCCUCCUCUUUGUCCUCUCUGCAGCCAACUCGGAUCUCUACAUUGCCAGUCGUACCCUCUACAACCUCGCAGCAGAUGGUAAGGCUCCAGCCAUUCUGGCUCGCACCACAAAGUCGGGUUUGCCCUAUGUUUCACUCGGCGUGUCCUCGCUCUUUGCACUUCUCGCCUACCUGAACGUCUCGAGCUCCAGUCAGACGGUCUUCAAAUAUUUCGUUCAGCUGGUCAGCGUGUUUGGUCUUCUCACAUGGAUUUCGAUCCUCGUUUCGCACAUUGGUUUCAGGCGAGGUCUCAAAGCUCAAAACAUCAGUCCGAGCUCGCUCCCGUACACGGCUCCCUUCCAGCCAUACGGCACCUAUAUCGCACUCUUCUUCAGCAUUCUCAUUACGAUUUUCAAGGGAUUCGACACAAUGGUGCACAAGUUUGACUACAAAAACUUCAUCACCCAAUACCUCGGCGUUCCUCUUUACCUGAUGCUCAUUCUUGGCUACAAAGUUGCAACACGAUGUAAGCGUGUUCGAGCAAGCGAGAUUGACUUUGUUUCUGGUACUCGCGACUUUGCAAGCGAGUAUGAUGAGUACAUUGAGAAGCAAGCAAUCGAAGACGCCAAGCCAAAGGUCUGGUACAAGGUCAUUUGGAAGUACACUGGUGGUGCACUUCUCGGAUAGAUUCACAUAUAGAAUAUUGCCAUAAAUUUGUCCUAUGUCAG